CCACAACAGGUCUCUCGGUCUCUCGUUUCUCCUCUCCUCCCUCGAUCGCUUACCUCUGGCCCACCACAGCCACGCGGACCAGCGAACCGAGCUUGCGCGGCGUCAUGUGGCGCGUACAGUCUAGAUGAACGCCGCAGAUACCGCUCAUCACGCGCUCACGCGCUCCACGCGCCACUACCGAACCGAGCAUACCGCACUGUCACUAUCGCAGCAGACGCCGCAUCCACUUCCCCGUCAUACCCAGCUGCUGUGUGUUAAGAACGCAUCUUCUUUGGCUGCAUGAUUAACCACUGGCCCUCGCUCUCGCAGACAUGACAAUUCCGACUUCGACCAACCUCGCUCGCAGCGACGGCGGCACGCCACUCCACGUCGUCGUCGUGGGCGGCGGCCUCGGCGGUCUCAGCGCCGCCAUCUCCUGUACGCUAGCCGGUCACAAAGUGACAGUGCUUGAGCAAGCCGCCCAGCUCGGCGAGGUCGGCGCCGGCAUCCAGCUCACGCCAAAUGUGACGCGCCUCCUGCGCAGCUGGGGCGUGUACGACGAGCUGCGCGGGUCUGCCGUCGAGCCCGGCAACAUCUGGUUCCGGCGGUGGGAGACGGGCGCGCCAAUCGGGGUCACGCGCCUUGUACCACACUUCGCGGCGGCUUUCGGCGCGCCCUACUGGGUCGUGCACCGGGCACACUUGCACGAGGCGCUGGUGGGGCGUGCGCGCGCGCUCGGCGCCACGGUCGAAGUGCAGUGGCGCAUUGAGAGCGUGGACUUUGAUGCGCCGUCGGUGACGACGGCGGACGGCCGUGUCGUGCGCGGCGACAUAGUUGUGGGGUGUGACGGGCUCAAGAGCGUCACGCGCCGCUUCUUCCUCGGCGGCGAGGACCCGGGGCCUCGCGAGACGCGCUUUUGUGCGUAUCGCUCUACCGUGCCGAUGGCGGCACUGCGCGCCGAUCCCGAGCUGCGAGGGCUGGUCGAAAAGCCAGAUCUCCACCUCUGGAUAGGGCAUGAGCGGCACGUCAUGAGCUACCCCAUCAGCGGGGGGGAGACGUUCAACAUGGUGCUCAGCCACCCGCACGAGGGGCCGGUCGAUCCCGCUGCAACGCAGGAGCAGCUCAUCGCCGAGAUGCGGCAGCACUACGAGGGAUGGGACCCCAAGCUCACCAAGAUCAUCCGCCUCAUUGACAAGACUAGCAAGUGGAAGCUGAUGGGAUACGAGCGUCUCAAGAGCUGGGUGCACCCGAACGGGACGUAUGUCAUCCUUGGCGACGCGUGCCACGCCAUGCUACCAUACAUGUCGCAGGGCGCCGCGAUGGCCAUGGAAGAUGCUGCUGCUCUCGGCCGUGUGCUUGCCCGCGCAAGUGGCCCCAAGGACCUCCCAGCCCUCACGCAGCUGUUCGCCGACAUCCGUAUGGAUCGCGCGUAUGAGGUGCAGGGGCGGAGUGCGCUCAACGGGCGUAUAUGGCACUACCCCGACGGGGAAGACCAGAGGGCACGCGACGCAGGCAUGGCCGCCACCCUCACGGGCGAGCAUUAUAUCCGGAGCACUAAUCAGUGGAGCGACCCGUCAACUCAGAUAUGGCUCUACAAUCACGAUGCAGAAGGGGAUACGGACCGCUUCCUCGACACACGCUUGGGCACGAAGACUGCGCCGAAGUCGGGCGUGCAGGAGAUGCGCGAGAUGGGUUUACUGAUGUAGCAGGAGGAGCAAUGCACUGUCUG